AUGGAAUUUGAAGAAUUUGUCGAAUCAUUAGAAUCAUUACCCAUUGAUUUGAGUCGAAAUUUACGUUUAUUACGUGAAUUAGAUGAUAAAAAUUUACAAUUAAGACAAGAAUGUUUUCAUAUAAGUGAUAAAUUUAAACAAGAAAUAGAUAACAUACAAAAACGUGAACAUAUUAAAAUAUUGAAUGAUAUACAAAUACGUCGAUUACAAUUAGCUGAUGAAAAAGUUGUUUUAGCAGAACAAGCAUCAGAAUUAUGCGAAAAACAUAUUCGACGUCUUGAUGAUAUUCUAGAUCACAUUACUACACAACAAUCGAUAAUGAAAAUGUCCAAUGUUCAUAAUAAAAAACGUUCAUUAUCACCAUCAACCGACGAUCAAAAUCAAAAUAAUAAUAAAAAACGUAAAACAAAACAAAUAUUAGAUUCAGUAUUAAAUAAAAAACAAUUACCCGAAACAAAAACAUUUGUACGUGUACCAAAAAAAUUGUUACAAUCAACAACAACAAAUAAUAUAACAACAGAUCAGGAACGAAUUAAUAUUGAAGAAUAUGGUAUGGAAAUUGAUCCAAAUGAACCACGUUAUUGUACAUGUAAUCAAGUUAGUUUUGGUCGAAUGAUUAAAUGUGAUAAUGAAUCGUGUCCAUUAGAAUGGUUUCAUUUUCAAUGUGUCAAUGUUGAUGUUGCACCAAAAUCAGAUCAAUUGUGGUUUUGUCCACAAUGUAGAGAGAAUAUUAAACACAAAUAG